AUUGAGAAAGCCAUGUUAAUUCUAAUCCCAUAGUUAAUAUUUCUCUAAGAAACUAGAGGUCCAUCCUCCAUGGAUCCUCCAAAGAAACCUAACAAGAUCAGGGAAAUCGUGAGACUUCAACAGAUCCUCAAGAAAUGGAGAAGGGUAGCCAACUCUUCAAAAUCAAGCAGAAGUAGCAACAACAACAACAACACCACCACCACCACAAGCAGAAGCAUCAACUUUCUUAAAAGAACACUUUCUAUAUCAGAACGUGAAUCAGCAUCAAGCAAUGUUGUUCCAAAGGGCUACGUAGCUGUUUGUGUUGGCUUGGACCUUAACAGGUUCGUUAUACCAACCGAGUAUUUAGGUCACCAAGCCUUUCACAUGUUGCUCAGAGAAGCUGAGGAAGAAUUUGGGUUUGAACAAACCGGGGUUCUCAGGAUUCCUUGUGAAGUAUCAGUGUUCGAGAGUAUCUUGAAGAUAGUGGAGAGAAAGGACAGGUUUUUCACACAGAAAUGCAGGUUUAGCAUUGAGAAGAUGAUGGGGUAUUGUUCCUCCAAUAACCACCUUGAUUAUUCUUCUCAUCGUCCUCAAAGUCCAAUGUGCAGAUAGUUUAGGAAUAUUUUGACAGUUUUAUACAUUUUUUAUCUUUUGCUCUUUGUGGAAGCCAAUAUUCCAUGUAUGAGGGUGAGAGUGAAUUCAACAUAUAAAUUACGUGUGAGAUGACCCUUUAGGAGUUAUGAAGCAAAGAAUACAACUUUUAUGGAUUGUCCAAGUCCAAGUCUUGUAUUUUAGGGAUUAAUAUUUGUCUCUCACGCAAUUUUGUAUCAGGGUGAUGAUAAGGCAAAAGCAAUUCCUAGAUAUGACAAAUCAGAGUGCUACUAAUUUCUGA